AUGGAUCGAGAUAAAAAUAAAGAAUUUUACUGCGAUUUUUUAGGGUUUAUGAUGGUAGAAGAUGAUUUACCGAAUUGUUCUGUGGAUAUUGAUGAUGCUAUACCAAUGUAUGUUGAUUUUAUAAAGAUAAAGUCCAUGAGCCGUAUGGAAUUUAAGGAGAUAUGUAGUAGAAUGUGUAAAUAUCGCAUUAUAUUGUAUGAAAGCGAAAAUAUAAUAACUUUGUCACAUGAGUUAAUGCUGCGUUUAGAGUACAACCAAGUGGGAUCUAAAAAGAACUAUAACUUGAUUGAGAAGCGUUACUUGGAUGAGUAUGUGUGUAAAUUAUGUAACACAAAGUUUAAUGCACACUCUGAGUUUAAAUAUCACAAAAAAACUAAAAGGCAUGAAACAAGAAUCAUGUAUUUGAUUUCACGCAUCGGUGAUAAUAACAAUUUAAUGUUGCUUGAUGAUAAUUUAAAUCAAUUAAAUCAAAUAACGGUCACACAGGGCACCAGGGCAUCUGUUAAUGUUAAGUUAAUGAAUGACACCCCAAGCAUGUGCAAAAUUACGCAUGUUUUUGUAUUGAACACUUAUUUAAAUGUAAAUCUGAUACAUACCGACAAACUACCAUUUAAGGUUAAACCCAAAUCAACAAUCCGUGUACAACUAAACUGUACUUUUAAGGAAGAUAUCACGUUAUUGCUGGGAGUUAUCAUGCAAAAUUCACACAAUACAAUGAGAGUUGUAAAAAAACUUAAAAUUAGGUUGACAGAUCUAAGUGUGAAUCCCCCAAUAGCAAGAGAUGGUCAUGAUGAUGAGAUUAUACCAGGUAUACCACUACCAGAAAAUAACAGUCCCUUUAUAUCAGUAAACAUAACAAAACCAUAUAACCCACCGGAGAAUACCCUGGAAGUUCUUGAAGAAAUGGCAAAGGAAGUGCCUGUUCCAAGAAUGAAAUGUUCCGUGGAUACCUCGCAAGAACUGUAUGCUACUAAGCAAAACUAUGAACAAUUUUUCCAUCACCUAUUGUACGAGGAAGAACUGCAAAUGAGGAAGGAUAUUAAGGUGUACAAUACUCGAGCCCCUUUGGAGUCCACUGGGUUUUUGUUCAGAUUAGAAGUGCCAGGUUUAGCCGAGUCAAGACCGUCUUUGAUACGAGGCGAUGCCGUGUACGUGAAGGAAAAUGAAAAAACCAGAAGAAAAUUCGAGGGAAUUGUACACAAGUUGGAGAAGAAUUCUGUUUUACUCGGGUUUGACUCCAGCAUCAAACCUUUAGCCAUUAGGAACUUAAAUUUCUUCAUCGAGUUCAGUUUCAAUAGAUUACCGAUAAAAGUUGAACAUCAGGCGUGCAAAUUGGUGAUGGAGCAUCAAUUUAUAAAAUUUUUAUUUCCUGUGUUAAGAAAGUUAAAGUAUGGUGAUCACAAGCCCAAUUAUUUCAAUAGGAACUUGAAUGAAAAACAAAAAAUCGCCGUGGCUAAUAUACUGAACGCUCCUCAAAAUUCCCAACCGUAUUUAAUUUUUGGGCCACCUGGUACAGGGAAAACUUCCACGCUUGUGGAGGCAAUAAGACAAAUUCACAAGUAUGAAGAAAAUUCGAGAAUUUUGGUUUGCGCUCCCACCAACUCCGCAGUGGACGAAUUGGCCUUGAAACUGUUAAAAAACAUACCCACCUCGGAAAUGCUGCGUUUCGUGGCCCUAUCUUACUCCAGAAGCCUCAAAGACUCCAAAUUACAGGAAAUUGUGAACGUCAAACGCGGCGAGUUUUUUACACCCACCAUCGAACAACUCGAAAAAUACAGAAUCGUUUUAACCACAAACAUAAAUGCGGCUAAAUUCUACUGCGGUGAUGUAAAACCGAAUCACUUUAAUUACGUCAUCAUAGACGAAGCAGGGUACUUAACGGAAACCGAGACGUUGGUACCACUGGCUGGAGUGUUGACGCACAAAACUUUCAAAGGGGAAGUGCAUGGUAAGUUGGUUCUGGCGGGGGAUCCCAGACAGUUGGGACCCAGAAUCCACUCCAAAACGGCCGCUAAAUACGGUUUCGGGGUUUCCCUGAUCGAAAGAUUGAUCGAUAGCUGCGAGUUAUACCAACCUGAGAAAGAAAAUUGGGACGAUGUAAACUACGACUACAACGAAAAAUAUAUAACGUUGCUGGAAAUGAACUACAGGUCGCACCAGGCGAUUUUAAAGGCCCCCAACGAGUUUUUCUACAACGAUAAACUCAUAGCUGCGGAGGAAAAUGUAUCAAUGCUUUUCGACAAGUGGGAGGACCUCCCGACCAAAGGUUUCCCCAUUAUUUUUCACAAUGUGGUUGGGGAAGACGCCAUGGAAAAAAACUCACCGAGUUUUUACAACGCCAAGGAGGUGAAACGAGUUGUAGCAUAUAUUAAAGUGCUUCUGGACACUAAAAUACAAGGGGUGCAAAUUUCGCAGGACGAUAUAGGUGUUAUAACCCCUUUUAUAAAACAAAUAGAGAAACUACAUGCAGAAACCACUAAAAAUAACUGGAAUAAAAUCCUUGUUGGUACUGUGGAACAGUUCCAAGGCAAAGAACGGACAAUAAUAAUAAUAUCGGCAGUCCGAUCCAAGAAGGAAUUGGUGAAAUUCGAUAAAACUUUCGACCUAGGUUUUCUGGUCAACCCGAAACGUUUCAAUGUUGCCAUAACGAGGGCCAAAAGUUUGGUUAUUUUGAUUGGUAACGCUGGUAUUCUGCAACACGACAAAUAUUGGAGACGCUAUAUCGAAUACUGUAUUGAAAAUAAAUCAGUAAAAGGUGCAAAAUUUAUUCUCUCAGAAUCCAUGGAAGAUUUUGAAAAGGACGAUGAUGUUACAACUGAUGUUGUAGAUUUUUCCAGGGGAAAUAUGUAA